AGAACGUGGUCCUGCUCUGAUCUCACAGCUCUCAGGUCCUUCUUUGUCCUCAGCUGCAUCAGAACACCACUUCUCCUCAGGUUGAGCAGAGGAAACACGGCUGAACAAAAUGCUUUUCCUCCCAGCUGCUGCUCUGUGCUGUCUGUGUUCAGCACUGGUUGCCAUGGCAGCAGACCUGAUUCAGGAUGAUUUAACAUUGACCAGAAGGGUUGGUCAAAGUGUCUCUUUCAGCUGUGAAAUAACAAAGCAGUUUAAAGAUGAUUAUGUGUACUGGUACCAGAAGAAAGAAAAAGAAUUCAGAAUAAUUCUCGAUCUAAAAAAAAGUAGUGGUGCAACAGAUAAACGGUACGGUCAUCCUCAAAAAGAUGAUUUCACAGCUGAAAAAACCCAGACUGGAUGUGAAUUGAAGAUCAAUAAAGUUACAAUGGAUCAUUCAGCCUCUUACUUCUGUAGCUGCUAUAAAGACGUUCUCCACAGCUCUGGGUACUACAUCUUUGGAUCUGGAACUAGACUUCUUGUAACGGCUCAGUCCGUAGUGAAGCCCGUGGUGAGCGUGUACCCAGCAGCAUCCAGAGUCCAUGUGGAGGGGAGCAGCUCCCUGCUGUGUCUGGCCUCAGCCAUGUUUCCUCCUGUGGUCCAGUUCUCCUGGAAAAGACAGAAGAACAACGGACCACUGGAGGACCUCACCUCAACUGGGGAAGAGCAGCUGGAGCUCAGCGAGUCGGGGCGCAUCACCUCUAUCUUGCUGGUCCAGCAGCAAAAGGACAGCUCCUAUAAAUACAGCUGCUCCGUCAAACAUGAGGGGGGCACAGUGGAGGCCCAAACACAACAAGAGUUGCCUCCACUUCCAGCUGCAGUUUCCACAGCAGCUCCAAAAGCCCCAACAUCUCGUCCAGCAAUUGUCAACAUUCUGACAACAGGCACAGCCUCUGUUCCUCCUCUGGACCUGGUGAAGCUGUCCUUCCAGUCAGAGUCCAGGGUGAAGCUGCUCUGCCUGCUGUACUCAGUGCUGAUAGUGAAGAGUCUGGUGUACUGCUGUGGACUCUCUCUGCUGAUGAUCCUCAGAAACAAGGGAGCAUCCACCAACUCCAGACAUGCUGAAUGACUGUUUUCUGCUCGUCUUUUCUCUCCAUCAAAUCUCCUCCUUUCAUCUCAUUCAUCACUUUGAUCACAGUUCUCAAAUGUCUUUUAUGACUUGCUGUAGAUCCUUCAUUAAACUGUCAGCAGCUGCGAUUUGAAAAUGUAACAUUGCUUUAUUGUGCUUUUUCAUUUGAAUUUUCUGUUUGUGCCAUUUUUCACAUUUGUCUGGAACAAUAAACUCAAAGACAAUCUU